AUGGGAUCACCCUCCACAUCUGUUCCGUGCCCGCCCGGACUCAACAUUGGCCGAUCAUGGCCGAUCGUGUCUAAUUAUGUCCGGGUGCCAUUUCGGGCGAAUCUGAUUCGUUCGAUUUAUCUCCUCGAAUCCCUGGGUGUAAUGAAACUGCACAUUGCUGACGCAGACUCGGUGAGGAGGUGGUGUGCCGUUUUUGGCGGGGAAACAGGGGCCGGACCAGUCAUGGGCCAUGACGAGGCAUUGGAGAGGGGGAAACGGGUGCCCUGGACGGGCAUGCUGGCUUCCCGGAGGUCCGACGUGCAGUUUCCCUUGGAGAAAAACGGAGGCCUGGAGAUCGGAGGAGACGCAGCGGACGGGAAAGAACAUCAUGGUUCCUGUAUAGAGUACAGCUCAUCCUCCGAUGGGGCCGGGGAGCAGGAUCCGCAGUCCGAGAGGAAUGGCAUCAUUACGACAUGUACGGGCACCCGGGCGGUCCUGGGGUAA